GGACGAACUGAGGGAAACUCUUUAAAUGUCCAGAGCUGUGUGAGGCUGAGUGAGGCUGUGAGUGCAUCCUGAGGAGGGGCAGUGAGUGCAUGCUGAGGACUGCAGGUCCUCUGGAAGAGAAUGGAUCCUUGCAGCUUCUUGUACUUGCUGCUGUUACUGUGUACCAAGCAGAUACUCGCCAAGCCCACCUUCCGCAAGGAGAGGAUCCGCCUGGACCCGGAGCUCAACAACCAAAUUCCUGAGGAUAACCAGAGCUUCCAGCUGGACCAUGAGGCUUUCCUGGGGAAGGAUGAGUCCAAGACUUUCGACCAACUCACCCCAGAGGAGAGCAAAGAAAGACUGGGGAAAAUAGCUGACAGAAUAGAUAGUGAUAACAAUGGCUUCAUUGAGACUGAAGAACUAACAUCCUGGAUUAAACGAGUACAGAAGAGAUACGUCUAUGAAAAUGUCGCACGGGUCUGGAAGGACUAUGAUGUCAAUAAAGAUAAUCAUAUUUCUUGGGAAGAGUACAAACAAGCCACUUAUGGAUAUUAUCUGGCAAAUCCAGAAGAAUUUCAAGAUGCAGCAGAACAGUUUAACUUCAAGAAAAUGAUGCCUCGAGAUGAGCGAAGAUUUAAAAGGGCAGAUCUUAACGGAGAUUUAGAUGCAAACCGAGAAGAAUUCACUGCUUUUCUACACCCGGAGGAGUUUGAGCACAUGAAGGACAUCGUUAUAUUGGAAACGUUGGAGGACAUAGACAAGGAUGGAGAUGGGUUUGUUGAUGAAGAUGAAUAUAUUGCGGAUAUGUUUAUACAUGAAGAAGGCGGCCCAGAACCUGAUUGGGUAGCGACUGAAAGGGAGCAGUUUGCCGACUUCCGAGAUCUAAAUAAGGAUGGCAAAAUGGAUAAAGAUGAAAUCAGACACUGGAUUCUUCCUCAAGAUUAUGAUCAUGCACAGGCAGAAGCCAGACAUCUAAUCUAUGAAUCUGACAUAAACAAGGACAAACUACUAACGAAGGAUGAGAUCUUAGAGAACUGGAACAUGUUCGUCGGGAGCCAAGCAACAAACUACGGAGAAGAUCUCACAAGAAAUCACGAUGAGCUGUGAUUAAUGUUUACACUGUGAUUUGUUGUGAAUUUUACUUUUGUGUUUUAUAUUUUAUUAUUCACUUGACAUUUUUUUAAUUAAUUAUUUUUUUUUUUAACUAAAUUUCAUCAUAUUUGCACCAACAAAACUAUACUAUUUGUAUUACCUCAAUAUGGGUACACGUGUUACCCUAUAAUUAUAUUAGUAUUUGAAAAAGCUCUGCAGACAGAUUUAAUGUGACUUUUUU